AUGACUCAAUUCGAGUCCCCAACUCGUACUCUUUUUCGGUGCACGACGAUGGCAUAUGGUGCUGUCGUCAUUAGGAAUGAGGAGAUCGCCAGUGGAAAUAACGAUCAUUACUGGAGCAGCCAACCAGAGGCCGACGUCAUCGUCAUCGCGUACGCCGUCAUCUGUUCGUUCGGGGGGCUCGCAAAUCUGCUCGUUUUCAUGGCAUUUCUACGGACGCCGGCUUUACGGAAUAUCAGGAAUACGUUCAUCUUCAACCUGGCCGUGUCCGACUUGACGUUGUGCCUAUUCACCGCCCCGGCCACACUCUAUUUAUCCGCCAAUUUAUACUGGCCACUCGGCGAUUUGUCCUGUAAAUUGGUGGCAGCCACCCAGGCGUUGAACACGUUCGUCUCCUCGUUGACGCUCGCUUUGAUAGCGUUGGAUCGAGCGUUGCUGACGUUGUGUCCGAUUCGAUGGCGCCUCUCCUCCUCCGGUCCGUUGCUGUUCUACGGGCUUGUUUGGCUGCUUUCGGCAUUAGUGGCGGUUCCAUACGCCUUCGCAGUCAGCGCCGUUCGCCCCGGAUUCGUACCGUGGAGCCUGCCGACGACCGAGUCCAUUCUGACCCACUGUGGCCGUGAAAUGCCGUUGAUCUGCCGGGAGAGCGACGAGCAGUGGACCCUGCCGUUCUCCAAGCUCGCGUACACGUCGAUAGUGCUGGCCGUACAGUACAUCCUUCCAUUGGCCGCCCUACUGUAUGCGUACAUGAAAAUCGGGUCGACGAUACGGAGACGUAGCGAAUUGACACGGCCAGCCGAUAGUCGCAGAAGAUCGCUGAUGCAGCAAAAAAAUCGGAAAGCGAUGCUGCUCCUCGUUGUGCUCGUGCUCACCUACGCGGUGGCGUGGGCCCCUAUCAAUAUUUAUCACUUGUUGAGCGGAAUCGGGUGGAUCAACUUUUCGCAAUUACAAUACCUAAUCUGCCAUGUUGUCGGCAUUUCUUCGGCCUGCCUCAACCCGUUAAUCUACGCGCUUACCGGCGAACCAGCCGAAGAGGUCCUGAUCGCGCUGGAUACGAUAACGGCUACCGAUCGGGAUGUGGAUAUU